AUGAUAUGCAUAACGUGUAUGCAGCCUGUAGAUUCCCUCUAUACGGUGUACUCAAAUGACCACAUACAGUUGACAGACUGUCCAUUCUGCCAAGAGAUAGUGGAUAAAUAUGUGGAGAUUGACAAUGUCCUGUUAUUCAUUGAUCUUUUAUUGUUGAAACCAGGUGCAUAUAGGCAUUUGGUAUUCAACUCUUUGGAAUUGCAUCUAGCAAAAUAUCCAAAGGGAAAAACGUUAAAAAAUUGCCAAUCUUUGUAUGAUCGUAUGCAAGUUCUAAUGUUUAAUUUCAAGAACUGGUUUUGUAAAUUUGAUAGAUUGAACCGCCUCUGGCUUUUGCUAUUAUCAUUUGAGAUUUAUUUAACGUGGGUCACCGAGGAGAGUAAAUACAUUUACUAUAUGAACCGUAACAAUAAUGACGGUAAACUUAUUAUGCUUUCAAAGAACUUACCAGAAACUUUCAAAUGGGACUCGACCAUAAUGCGUAACACCAUCACAAGUAAAGUGUUUACCUGGAGCCCAUCAUUACAGUACCUUUACUUCGCAAGUUAUUGUAUCCUUGAUGUUUCAUUAUUUCACACACUUACUCGGCGCUUCAUACUAAAAAAGCUGCACUGGGGCCAGAACUUUGUUUAUUCGAAGGACAUCAUAUCCUAUACGAUCCUGUUAUCAUAUGGGGCCAAAAUUUUCCCCAUUUUAAUGUUAAUUUGGCCUUAUGAUACCCUCAUUUCAAUGAGCAUUAUAAAGUGGGUGGCCAACUUUUACAUCAUCGAAUCACUAAAAAUUGUUACUAAACUCUCCUACUGGAGCAUCAUAAAAGUCUUUAUAACUGUUUCGUUCGUACGGUACUGUUUAGUUAAGCCAGUACUUAUAUUAUUUGUGGCCAAAUUCAACUUUUCCAUUAUAAAAAAUUUAAUAUGCCAAGAGUUUAUGUUACUACUACAGAAAUCAGGAACUUAUUUACUUUUAUGA